CUAGCCUCGUCGGAGGCCGGUCCAAAAGAUGUGACGUAGGCAGCAGCAGACGACGCUAAAGCGCGAAUGUCAAAUGAACUGAGUGAGUGUACAAAUUUCAGCCCAAAACUCGGUUGAUCUUUUUGAACCGGGGUGGAGGAUUGUUGUUCUCGGUUUAGAUUAUCAAAAUGCAAGCUAUCUUGGGAGGAGGCAUUAGUGGCCUUAGCGCCGCUCACUAUCUUUUGAAGUCGGGCUCUAAUGCCAAGGUACUUCUCUUCGAGGGAGGAGGCAGAGUUGGAGGAUGGAUAUGGACUGCUAAACAGAAAAAUGGCUUGUUGUUUGAGCAAGGACCAAGAACUAUCCGACCUAGGUUUGAAACUGGUCUGAAUACAUUGCGGCUGGUAGAAGAAUUAGGCAUUUCAAACUUGGUGACAGGUAUACCAAGCAGCCAUCCAACAGCAAAAAACCGAAUGAUAUUUGUCAAUGGCAAACUACAUGCUCUACCCUCUUCCCUACCACAAAUUUUCUUACGACAGGCACCAUUUUCUAAACCACUUGCUGCAGCCUUAUUACAUGAUAUGAAAGCUGCAAAGAAGACACUGGAUGAUGAGAGUAUCUACAGCUUUGUUGAGAGAAGAUUGGGUCGCGAACUAGCAGAGUAUGCUAUAAGCCCAAUGAUUUGUGGUAUUUGUGCGGGUGAUGCAAAAGAAAUAUCAGUCAAAUUUUUGAUGAAGAGCUUGUUUGAAUGGGAACAGACUCAUGGCUCAAUUACGAAAGGACUUUUAGCUACUGCAUGGAAAAACAGACAAAAAAUUUGGAGCAAAUCUCCUUCAGCAAGUCUGACAAACCUUGAUUUAGCAUCCAAAGCAAAACAAGAAAAAUGGAGUGUAUGGUCUUUAAAAGGUGGUCUUGAGGUCCUGCCUCAGACUCUAUUAAAAAGUAUUCAGUCACAAGGAGCAGAGGUUGAGCUGAACUCCUGUUGUUCACAAAUUGAUUUCAACAAAGAUGGAGCUCUACUAACUAUAGGGAAUAAGAAAAUACAAGCCAAGAAUGUGAUCAGCACUGUUCCUGCCCAGCGUCUUGCCCUCUUGGUAGAAAGGCAACACCCAAUCCUGAGCAGGGAAUUAAGCAAGAUACCCUGUGUAACUGUUGCUGUUGUAAAUCUUGCAUUCAAAGGGAAAGUGCUCAACUAUAAUGCUUUUGGUUUCCUGAUCCCACCAUCUGAGAAUAAGCCAAUUUUGGGUGUCAUUUUUGACUCUUGCUCAUUUCCUCAAGAAGAUUUUACAGUGCUCACAGUAAUGAUGGGUGGACACUGGUUCGAAUCAAGACUUGGGCCCUCACCUUCAACAAAGAGCAUUCUGAACACAGCUGUGGACAAUGUUCGCUCUAUCUUAAAAAUCUCUGAUGAACCAUGUGAUCACCAUGUAUCAGUGUUAAAAGAUUGCAUUCCUCAAUAUAUCGUGGGACAUUAUGAAAGGGUGGAGAGAAUUCGAGACUACAUAAGAAAGCAUAAGUUACCUCUCUUCUUAGCUGGAAGCUCAUUUGAUGGAGUAGGAGUAAAUGAUGUGAUAUUUUCUGCUAAAAAGGCUGCUCUAAUGGCAUUGUAAAUCUGUGAUUUAUUCACUUGUUGAAAAAUAAUGUAUGUAAAUAAAUUUUUUAUAUUUGUUA